GUUUAAGAGCCACACUGUCACUUGUCCGGCUUUUGCUGUGCGCUUCACUGGAAAUUGCUACAUUGGUACAAGUCGAUGAUUUGUUAGUGCACGUCAUCAGACCGCUUGCUUGCUUGUUGCCUAUUUGACCGAAGUGGAGCUGUCAGUUCAGUACGUAAAAAAAAGAAAGAAAAAGAAAGAAAAUCAAACAAACAAAGGUUAACCAACAGAAAGAGAACCGGCAGCAUUCGCUCUCUCAUACGUUUAGCAUAGGCUACGGUUCGAGCUGUUUGUUUGAGCAAUUUGAGGGUAACAACAGCUAACGGAACAUGGCUGGUGUGAUGACAGGUUUUGGUAACUUCACUCACGCCGUUGUACGAGCUAUCCCCUCAUCCCUUGCUAAAGAGGCACUGAGGAUGAACGUUUUGGACGUGGACCUGGUGAAAGCUCAGCGGGAGCACGAGGUAUAUGUUGGGGUUCUGAAGCACAAACUCGGGCUGCAGGUGAUAGAACUCCCCGCCGAUGAGUCACUCCCGGACUGUGUGUUCGUGGAGGAUGUCGCUGUGGUUUGCGGUGACACCGCUCUGAUCACCAGACCCGGGGCAGAGAGCAGAAGGAAAGAGACGGAGGCCAUGCGUCGAGCUCUGAAGGAGCUGGACCUAAACAUCGUUGAGAUGUCAGAUGAGAACGCCACUCUGGACGGAGGAGACGUCCUCUUUACAGGUAGAGAGUUUUUUGUGGGGCUUUCCAAACGCACCAAUCAGAAAGGAGCAGAGAUCCUGGCCGAUGUGUUCAAGGACUAUGCCGUAUCCACUGUCCCUGUCACUGAUGGCCUACACCUGAAGAGCUUUUGCAGCAUGGGAGGACCAGGCCUCAUCGUGAUUGGCACCAGCGAACCGGCUCAGAAAGCCCUGAAGAUCAUGCAGCAGAUGAGUGACCAUCGCUACAACAAGCUGACGGUGCCUGAUGACAUUGCAGCCAACACCAUCUACAUGAACCUCCCCAGCAAAGGCCAUGUACUGCUACACUGCACCCCAGAGGAGUUCCCAGAGAGUGCCAAAGUGUUUGAGAAGCUGAAGGACCACAUGUUGAUCCCCGUGUCGAACAUGGAGAAGGUCAAGGUGGACGGAGCCCUCACCUGUUGCUCCGUUCUCAUCAACAAGAAGCCCAAAGUCUGAUCUGAGCAUGCUCCGUUAGGGGUCUCUUAGGCAGACCUGGGUUCAAAUACUAUACUUGAAAUCUUUCACAUACUUUGUUGUGCCAAACCCCGUGGUUUGCAAUUUUGGAACUAUACUAUUUGGCAAUUAUUAAGCCAGGCAAGCUUAAUCAAGCAGACAAUGUAUUUAACAUGAUUCUGAAUAGUAUUUGAAACCAGGUCUGCUCUCAGGGCAGGGUCAGCCCACUGCUGCCCCCUUACCCGAAACAAGUCUGUUUCUGCUGUGUUACCCCUCGAUAACAGAAUGUUAUCCAGGCUACCCCCCUUUGAAAGUGCUCAUGUGUCAAUCAUUCCCUGUGCUUACUGGUCAAUGUUUACAACCCUUUAAAACAACCACGGACAAUAGAACACUGGAGAGGCCAAAAGGAUGGUGGAGGAUCUAUAAUGUUACGGUAUCAUGCCGUAUGCAUAGUUGCAGGAGCCAGUUUAUGAUGAAUAAAUAAAAAAGCAAAUCCGCCAAGAUACAUUUACAAUCAUCUGCUGAUUGCGCUCUCCGUAUUUAAUUUAGGAUUCAAUUCAUCAUGAUUCAAAGUCUUGCCAUAUAACAAGUACAAGUUCUUAUUGAGGGGUGAAAAUGUAUGAAAUACACCCAGUUAUCUGUAUAAUCUGGAAAUUGGCAUAAUGAGCGGUUCCUCUCUCUGCCAUGGAGACCUGAGUGCUCUUACUACAUUAUUGUUGAUUCAAAAAGAAAUGUAUAUGAUUAUUGAACAGGGAUGUUGAUUGAUCCCUAGCUGUGAUGAUGGUGCUAGUUAUUCCAUUCAGCUGUACAUAGGGUCAAUUCCUCUUAUUAAACUGUGAUUUCUGACGUCUAAAGCCAGGGUAGGAAACAAAUUACAAAAUGCACAUGCAAUUGUCAUUAAAAAACAAGCCUUUUAAAAACAGUCAUAGGAUGUUCAUUUUCCUUACUACCCUGUCUUAACCUAAGCUGUGCCCACUUUAUAAAGGACUGAGCACUACUUCCCUGCCGUGUAUGACAUGUUUGUAAUGAUCAAUACUUGUAAUUUCUCGUUACACUAUACAUACUUAUAACAUGUCUCAAUUUGCUGUGUGCCUCCAUCUUAAGUGGCUUAAUAACUACUGCUGUAUAGUCGAGUCAAGAAGCCAUUAUAGGGGUUUAUUUGAUGUUUUAAAGCCCUUUGUUGUCCCUGUAUUGACUCCUGUAUUCUACGGGUAACUGACAAAAAUAAACACUUAAAUGAGG